AUGGCUCUGCAGGAGCUGGGCAUCAGCCUGUCCAUGGCGGGCGUCGCUGGGACCAUCCUGAUCUGCGCUCUGCCCAUGUGGAAGGUGACGGCAUUCAUCGGCACUCACCUGGUGGUCAUGCAGGUGUUCUGGGAGGGUUUGUGGAUGACCUGCGUCAGCGAGUACACGGGUCAGAUGCAGUGUAAGCUCUACGACGCCCUGCUGGACCUGUCGCCCGACCUCCAGGCGGCGCGCGGCCUUAUUUGCAUCAGCCUGGUCUUGGGAUGUCUGGCGUUCCUCAUCUUCCUGCUGGGAGCUCGCUGCACCAACUGCCUGAGCCACCCGCGGAUCAAGGCCAGGGUGGUGCUGAGCUCCGGGGCCAUCUUCUGCCUGGCGGCCCUCACGACCAUAGUCGCCGUUUCCUGGACGGCCAACACCAUCAUCAGCGAUUUCCACAACCCCCGAGUCCCCGAGGUGCUGAAGAGAGAGCUCGGAGCGGCCAUAUACAUAGGCUUUGUGACAUCUGGGCUGCUGUUCUGCGGGGGAGCCAUACUGUGCACAAGCUGUCCACCACAGAGGGCCAGGUUCCCCUCCAGUGGGUACACACUAGCCAAGACUCCCACACGGAGCAGCUACGCCAUCAAGAACUAUGUGUGA